AUGGAAGCAAAUUGCAUUAGGAAGCUCCAAAGUGAGUUGGGGCUCUCCCAGCACAUUCUAGUGGUGCCUUGUGGACAAUUACCUGGUGCAGCAUCAAUACCUGCAGUAACUAGUUCUACUCCAGGAGGUCCUCCUGGUCAGAUUCGUCCACUAGUUAACAUGAAUCCUGUGGCUGGUCAUGGCAGAGGGGACUGGAGAUCAGCUGGAGUAAAAGGUGCUGCUGCCAUGCAAAAAGGAUUGCAAGCAGGUUCUGGAUUACCUAUGCGGGGACACAAUGCUGCAGGGCGGGGUUUUGGUGGUGGAUUGGAAUUCAUGCUUCCUUCACAAAAGACAAUAUUUAGUGUUGAUAUUGAUAGUUUUGAGGAGAAACCAUGGAAAUAUCCCAGUGUUGAUGUAUCAGAUUUUUUCAACUUCGGUUUGAAUGAGGACACCUGGAAAGAUUAUUGCAAACAACUGGAACAACUACGUCUGGAGUCUUCAAUGCAAAGCAAGAUCCAUGUUUAUGAGAGUGGUCGAACAGAGCAGGACUAUGAUCCAGAUUUGCCCCCUGAAUUAGCUGCAGCUUCUGGUAUAAUACAUGAUGUUCCUGUUAAUAAUGCUAAUUCUGUAACGUCUGGACAAAAUGAUCUCAUAAAAGGUUCUGGACCUAUGCGACCACCAAUUCCAAAUGGGAGAGCAAUACAGGUGGAAAGUGGUUCCGGUGAACGUCUUCCUUCCAUUGACACUCGACCUCCUCGAAUUCGUGAUUCGGAUGCAAUCAUUGAGAUUGUUUUACAGGAUCCAGCAGAUGAUGAUUCCAAUGUGAAAAUUGAUGUUCAAGAUGAACAAGAGGAUGGUGAGCCCCAGAGAAAGGAUUUUAGCGAGGACCAUGUAGCUGGGCAUGAAAUUCCAAGGUUAGAGUCUGAGUCCUUCAAUGGUCAAAAGAGAUUGCUGACUGGAAGAAGAAUGCCAAAUAUGAAAGCUCGUCCUAUUAACAUACCUGUAGAAGAUGAAAAUUUGCCCUUCCCCCAGGAAAAGACAAUCGACUACUCUGAUUCUAGGCACCAAACUCCCAGGCAAAUGCAAGGAAGUGAAUGUGAUCAGUCUCCUCGUAUUACUUGUAGUCGAGAAGUGACAAUUAUUGACAAUAAAAAAGAAGAGUCGAGUGAAAGCAUGAAAGGUAGGCAUAAUGCGCACUUGUCAUUUCCUGCCAUUGAAGAUCUAAAGGAAUCCAGCAUAAAAAGCAAGCAGCUUGAGGAAACUGGGACAACUGAUGGAACUUCCACGGUGGAAAAGGAAGACAUUGAUUUAAAUAUAGUGGACAACAGUGAUACCAUUAAGGAUGGGGUAGCAGAGAGUCAGAAAAUAACAUCUCAAGUUGAGGAACCUUGUCUUGGUGAUGGAAGUGACUGGGAGGACUCAAAAUCUGUAAGAAGCAGCGACAACAGCAGAGCAAAAUCAGAAAGCAGCAGGGAUUAUCAUAAGCAAUGGGAUGGUUUUGAAGUAGUUGAGGAUCCCAAAUCUGUCAAUCUGGGUAGCAUUAGAAUGCAAUCUGAUGAAAAUGAUCAGGCAUUCCGUAGAAGAAAGCAGGAUGGGGGAAAGAAACCAGAGAGAAAUGGUUUGGUAAUUAGAAGUAGAGAGGAUUCAUACCCUCACAAAGAUCGGCACCCUAGCUCAGCACAUCAAUCACGCAUAAAGAUUGAUGGAUUUGAUUGUCAAAGGGAUAGGGUUAGCUCUGACAUGGAUUGGGAAUGUAGAGAAGAUGAUCACUUUGGUAGGAGCGGUAAAAAUGAUGAGCCCAGAAAGGACAGAGGGGACAGGGGUAGGGUUCGGGAAAAUGAGAGAAGCAACAAUGAGAAUACAUUUCAUUCAAGAAAAGAGUUGGGUAAUGGUAGCUGCAGGGUUCCAUAUGACAAGGAUGUCAGGUCAAGAGUCUCAAGAUACAAGGAAAGAGAUGAUAGCUUAAAAGAUAAACAUGAAGCUGUGGAGGAUUUCCAUAACAAGAGGAGGACGAAUGAGGAAUAUCUUAAGAGGGAGCAUGUAGCCAAAGAAGUUGUGCGUGGCUAUAGAGAAAAUGUCAGUCAGCACAAGCCAGAAAAGGAUUCAAUAUUGGAUCCACGGAAGAGGGAUGGUCAUCAAAGAAGUAGAGAUAACCUUGAUGUACAAUAUGCUGCCAGGCAAAAAAAUGAGGCAUGGCUACUGAGGGAGAGGGGUAAUAGGAAGAGAGAUAGAGAGGAGUGGCAUCAGGUGAAACAGCCUCGGGAAGAACAUCCAUUCAAGCUAGAAAGAGGAGGGCAGUGUUCUGUAAGAAGUGGAGGAGGAGUUGAAAAGAUAUUGGUUGGCCAUGUUAGGGCUAAGGAUGAACAUAAAGUUUUUGAGAAAGAAUACCAACCUAGAGAAGCAAUGCGACCCAGUGACCGAUUGAAAACAACAGACCAAAAUAAAAGUGAAAGCCCACUUCGCAAGGGGCAUGAUGAUGCUUUUGUUCAUGGAAAUCAUUACAAUAGUGAUGAAAGGCGAUCCCGGGAGGAAAAAUCAAGUACUCGAGGUUAUUGUGCCACUAAUGCUUUAGAUAGUCAAAGAGUUCAUGAGAGAAAGCGUGAUGAAGGCUCAAAGAAAAGCAAAGAAACUAUUGUUGGUAGUUUAGGCAUUUCCAAGAGAAGUUCAGAAGAUCAAAGUAGUCAGAUCAAUGACAAGGGCAUGAAAGGCUCUGGCGAUGCAGAACAUGCAGAGGAUGAAAUUCCAGGGCAUCGGCUGUCGAGAAAAAAACAUGGGGAAAACAAUUCAGAUGAUGAACAGAAAGAUUCUCAACGAGGAAGAUCUAAAUAUGAACGCUGGACAAGCCAUAAGGAAAGGGAUUUCAAUAUCAGCAGCAAGUCAUCGUCUUCCUUAAACUUCAAGGACCUUGAUAAGGAUAAUAAUGAUAGGUCUUCUGAACCUGGGAAACCUGUUGACAAUUCUACCGAGUUAGUUUAUACCAAUAACCCACCAGUGUUAUCAAUUGAGGGGAAGGCUUUAGUAGAUAUGGAGAUUAAGGAUGCUAAAGCCAAAGAUCUAGAGGAUCAGCACCCUGACACUGUCGAGAAGUUGAAGAAGCGUAGUGAGCGGUUCAGGGUUCCAAUGGCAAGUGAGAAGGAGACCCUAGUUAUCAGAAAGUUAGAGGGAGAACCUCAGCCUUCAGCGGAAAAUGAAAAUCAAAUGGAUUCAGAGGUCAAACAAGAGCGACCACCCCGGAAAAGGAGGUGGAUAGCAAUUGCCGCCGCCGCCGACGCAGUCGCAGUCCUUAACCACCACCGAGAAAUCGCCAAAGCCGUGAAACCAGUGGCCGCCUUCCAGUGCUUCUGUUACAAUCCCAAUUCAUGUUAUUCCAACCCCCAAGAAAUCAAAGGAUCAGAAAAUAUUAUCCUAGAUUUGCUGUUCGGCAGUAGUUUUCUUUUUCAAUUGUUAAACUUGAUGUCUAGAAGAACCCCAUUGCCUCGUCUCCUCCUUAACAAUGUCUCUUGUAUGAGAAAUGCCCAGCAAGUUCUGCGUCAUGUGAAUGUCUCUCUUCAUGAUGGAGGGGCGCUUGUGCUAACAGGUGCAAAUGGCUCGGGGAAGACAACUUUCCUGCGCAUGUUAGCUGGGUUUUCUCGUCCUUCCGCUGGUGAAAUUCUUUGGAAUGGCCAUGACAUUCAACAAUCUGCAAUAUUCCAUCAGUAUAAGCUUCAGCUUAACUGGCUCUCUUUCAAGGACGCCAUUAAUGAUAAGUUCACAGUUCUUAACAAUGUACAAUGGUUUGAACUUCUUGAGAAUAAGGAAGGGAAGGCUAUGGCCGCAGUUGAGUUGAUGGGACUAGGAAAAUUAGCCAAUGAAAAACCAAGGAUGCUAUCUAUGGGCCAGCGUAAAAGACUACAACUUGCCAGAUUGCUGGCUAUUGAUCGCCCCAUAUGGUUGCUAGACGAGCCUUCAGUUGCUCUAGAUGAUGAAGGUGUGAAGUUACUUGAGUAUAUCAUAGCAGAACAUAGGAAACACGGAGGAAUUGUGAUUGUGGCGACUCAUCUACCCAUUGAGAUAGAAGAUUCCAUGGUCUUGAGACUUCCAACUAGGUUUCCGCGGAGGAUGACCCAUGUGGAUAUGCUUGACAGGGCGGAUAUCAGUUGA